ACAAACUAUUUUUCUCCGUUAUCCGCUAUUUCUCUCUCCAAAUCUGAUCGAAGUGAGAGGGAUUCUUCACAAAUCCAAAACCAGCAAAGAGAAGCCCCUCGUUUUCUUCACAAAUCGAUGCAAGAAAUCGGAAAACCUUGAGCUGGGAAGUAGCUUCUUGGAGUUUCCGCCCGUCUGUGAUCUUAUAAAUUGGAUUUCGCCAGUUUCUCCUCUCGAUUACACGCAGAAACCAUUCCGCAAAUCUAAAUUUAGCUCGAUCAAAGACGAAGAGGAUCAAGAAUCGCAUUGUGAGGUUUAGCACAUUUGUUGCAGAUAUCUGUUGAAGUUCAAGUUGAUUUCAAUAAACUAAUCAAGCCCUACAAGACUCUGGGAAUCAAAAUUCCUUGUUAAGGGUGUUCAGUUAAUCAAGUUGGAGAUCUUGGUAUAGUGUAAGGACAAUGUCUCUAUUGUCGAAGUUGCGUUGCAUUACUGUUGAUGUCACAGGAACUUUACUAGCUUACAAAGGAGAGCUUGGAGAUUACUACUGCAUGGCAGCUAAAGCAAUAGGAUUGCCGUGCCCCGACUAUAAACGGAUGCACGAGGGCUUUAAGACAGCAUACACAAACAUGGCAAAGCUCUAUCCUUGUUUCGGACAUGCGGCAAAAAUGCCUAAUAUUGAUUGGUGGAGGACAUGUGUGAAGGACUCCUUUAUUAAGGCUGGCUAUGAUUAUGAUGAUGAAACAUUCGAAAAGGUGUUCAGGCGCAUAUACUCAACCUUUGGUUCAUCAGCUCCUUACAGUGUGUUUCCAGAUUCUCAGCCAUUUAUGAGAUGGGCACGGAAGAAUGGCCUCAUUGUUGGCGUUGUUAGUAAUGCAGAAUACCGAUACCAGGAUGUUAUUCUCCCUGCCUUAGGUUUGAAUAAGGGAUCGGAGUGGGACUUUGGAGUUUUCUCAGGCCUUGUGGGUGUCGAAAAACCAGAUCCUAAGAUAUAUGAAAUUGCACUUGAGAUGGCUGGAAACAUAGCACCAGAAGAGGUUCUUCAUGUGGGUGACAGCUUGAGAAAGGACUAUUUACCAGCUCGGAGUGUAGGCAUGAAGGCACUGCUUCUGGAUAGAUUCAGAACACCUGAUGCUGAGAACUGGAGGCAGUCGGGUGCUCCUGUUUUUCCAGAUCUUGUUGCUGUUCAGGAUUGGCUCGCUAAGACAGAAGAAGCUUUGGCAGGCCAGAGAACUCAAUAAUGAUGAGAGGUUAGAAGCCUACAAACUAGUUGGAUAAAAAUGCAUUCUUAGUAUAUUUGCAGAUUUUCAUUUGCCAUGAACUUCUAGAAGAGCUUUCAGUGAAAGAACUAUUCCUUUUGUUAGCAAAGAAAAAUUUUAUCAG